UUGGCUGUUGGCAUUUCCUUUCUUUGAUAGUUGAUCGAUAAUUGAUCUCCGGUAAAUCAAAAUUGGAGUACACUUUUUUUUUUUUUGGAUAAUCAACUGGAGAACACUUAGACUUAAGCAACACGGGUGAGAAUUGAAAUCGAGAAUUGAAUUGAAAGAUGGAUUCAGCAGGAAGACAGGUAUUCACGGUGGACCUUCUAGAAAGAUACGCCGCGAAGGGACGCGGAGUUAUAACUUGCAUGGCCGCCGGCAACGACGUCAUUUUGUUGGGCACCAGUAAAGGUUGGGUCAUCCGCCACGAUUUCGGCCUCGGCGACUCCACCGAGAUUGAUCUGUCUACGGGUCGACCCGGAGAGCAAUCGAUCCACAGGGUGUUUGUUGAUCCAGGAGGGAGUCAUUGCAUUGCCACUGUAGUUGGUAGUGGAGGUGUUGAUACUUUUUAUACUCAUGCCAAGUGGAUUAAGCCUCGAGUUUUAACCAAAUUGAAAGGUCUUGUUGUCAAUGCUGUUGCCUGGAAUAGACUACUCAUUACUGAAGCUUCGACAAAGGAAGUUAUUCUUGGUACGGAUAAUGGCCAACUUCAUGAGAUUGCGGUUGAUGAGAAGGACAAGAGGGAGAAGUAUAUUAAGUUUCUGUUCCAAUUGGGGGAACUUCCCGAAGCUUUCAUGGAUUUACAGAUGGAAACAGCUAGCAUAAUGAAUGGAACUAGAUACUAUGUAAUGGCUGUUACUCCUACACGACUUUACUCUUUUACUGGGAUUGGAUCCUUGGAGACUGUUUUUGCAAGUUAUUUAGAUCGUGCUGUGCAUUUCAUGGAGCUUCCCGGUGAAAUACCAAACAGUGAACUGCAUUUCUACAUCAAGCAACGAAGAGCUGUGCAUUUUGCCUGGCUUUCAGGAGCUGGUAUCUAUCAUGGUGGCCUAAAUUUUGGAGCACAUCAUGGCUCUCCAAAUGGAGAUGAAAAUUUUGUGGAGAACAAGGCUCUAUUGGACUAUUCAAAAUUGUCUGAAGGUGCUGAAGCAGUAAAACCGAGUUCUAUGGCAGUGUCUGAAUUUCAUUUCUUGCUUCUUAUUGGGAAUAAGGUCAAGGUUGUGAAUAGAAUUAGCGAGAACAUCAUUGAGGAACUUCAGUUUGACCUAACAUCAGAAUCAGUUUCCAGGGGUAUCAUGGGAUUAUGUAGUGAUGCCACUGCUGGAUUGUUCUAUGCAUAUGACCAAAACUCUGUUUAUCAAGUGUCUGUCAAUGAUGAAGGCCGAGAUAUGUGGAAGGUUUAUCUGGACUUGAAUGAGUAUGCUGGAGCUUUGGCAAAUUGUCGUGACCCACUCCAGAGAGACCAAGUAUACUUAGUACAGGCUGAAGCUGCAUUUGCCUCCAAGGAUUAUCACAGAGCAGCAUCUUUCUUUGCAAAAAUUAACUAUAUGUUGUCAUUUGAGGAGAUCACUCUAAAGUUCAUUACCAUAGGUGAACAGGAUGCCUUGAGAACUUUCUUACUCCGGAAGCUUGAUAAUCUUGCAAAGGAUGAUAAAUGCCAAAUAACAAUGAUCUCCACUUGGGCUACUGAAUUGUACUUGGACAAGAUAAAUCGGCUGCUCUUGGAAGAUGACACUGCUGUGGUUAAUCAUGGUUCAGAGUACCAAUCAGUUAUUAAAGAGUUCUGUGCUUUUCUUGGUGAUUGCAAGGACGUAUUAGAUGAAGCAACUACAAUGAGACUUCUGGAAAGUUAUGGUCGGGUUGAAGAACUAGUAUAUUUUGCUAGUCUAAAGGAGCAGUAUGAAAUUGUUGUUCACCACUAUAUUCAGCAAGGAGAAGCAAAGAAAGCACUUGAAGUACUUCAAAAACCUGCUGUUCCUAUAGACCUUCAGUAUAAGUUUGCCCCAGACCUCAUCAUGCUUGAUGCAUAUGAGACUGUGGAGUCAUGGAUGGCCACAAACAACCUGAACCCGCGGAAACUGAUUCCAGCAAUGAUGCGUUAUUCAAGUGAACCUCAUGCAAAUUCUAAAUUUGGUCAAGAUUAUUGAUUCAAAGCAGUUGCAGCUAACACCUGUAUCUGGCAUGAUCGCUUGUAGUGGUAAUGAAUUU